UGCGACCGUGGGAGGAUGACCCGGAGGAAGAAAUUCCUCAUGAUGAUUCUAUUAUUACGAUCGCAGAAUUAUGCAAAGAUCUUAAAAGAGGAAGAAAAUCAAAUACGUUUAAAGAACUAGAACUUGCCAAAUAUAAGAAACUUCAACUUAAACGUGUUAAACGCGCAAAAAAAAACAAUUCUAUCAAUAGUAAAGAUAUAGGUGAAGUUGAAGAAGAAAAUAGAAGUAAUGCUGAAGAGGCCAAUGCUGAACAAGCUGAACAAGCUAAUGCUGAAGAGGCUAAUUCUGAAGAGACUAAUGCUGAAGAGGCUAAUGCUGAAGAGGUUUAUGAAUUGGAAGAGACUUAUGCUGAAGAGGCUAAUGCUGAAGAGGUUUAUGAAUUGGAAGUGUCUCAACAAGAAACCGAUGAUUAUGAUCAAGAAAUCAUAUUAGAUGAUUUAGCGGAUGAAAAUAAUCAGCAAGAAAAUGAUGCUGAAUCAAGUCAUGAUGAUGAAAUUAUUGAAGAGAUAGAAGAACCCAUAUCCGAUGCUGCAAUAGAUGAAGAACUUCCUGAAGAUACUAAUCCUAUAAUUGAAGAUGAAGAUUCAAAUUAG